UCACCAUGGCCACCGCCACUACGUCCGCCUAUCAUUGCAACGCCGUCCUCCACCUUCCCAGACCUCCGCAGUUCCGCCGGCUCCUGCCCCCUCUCCCCUCCCUCGUCACCCGCAGAGCCGCGAGCGUCGGGCUGGGGGUCGCCCGUCUCGGUUCGAGGGCGAGGGCAAGGGCAAGUUCCGUACCGCCACCGCCACCAUUUUUUGAAACCGUGGAGGAGGAGGAGGAGGAGGAGGAGGAGCGUGGGUGGUCGGAUGCGGAGGCGGGAUUCAGUGACGAGGCAGAGGAUGAGCAGGAGUGGUCGGGCGGCAACGGCGCGGCGCGCGGGGAGGACCUGGGCGCGGACGCCGGCGAGGACCUUAGCGGGUGGGCGCGGCAGUGGCCGCGCCCGCGGGAGCUGUUCGUGUGCAACCUCCCGCGCCGCUGCGACGUCCAGGACCUGCUCGAGCUCUUCACGCCCCACGGCACCGUCCUCUCCGUCGAGAUCUCACGCGAUGCCGAGUCCGGAAUUAGCCGAGGAACGGCUUCUGUGACGAUGCGAUCUCUAGCAGAAGCUCGGGCAGCCAUCGACGCUCUGGAUGGAUUCGACAUGGAUGGGCGUGAGGUUUUCGUGAAGCUAGCGUCCGACGUCAUUUCCAACAGGAAAAACGUGAACCUGGCCCACAUAACGCCCACGAAGGACCACAUCUUCGAGACCCCGCACAAGGUCUACGUCGGCAACCUCGCGUGGUCUGUUCAGCCGCAAGACCUGAGAGAGCUCUUUACCCAGUGCGGAACCGUUGUUAGCACGAGGCUGCUGACGGACCGCAAAGGGGGCAGGAACCGAGUCUAUGGGUUCCUCUCGUUUUCUUCCGCCCAAGAGCUUGAGGAAGCGUUAAAGCUCGACAGAACGGUCUUCUUCGGACGGGAUAUCGUAGUGAAGGAAGCCCAUGUAGAGCGCCAGACGCGCUGAGCCGCUGAGUGUUACCCUUGAGAACUGCACUUUUUUUGUCUGCCUCGUUGACUGACUAAGCUCAUGCUCCAGGCACAAGCUACACAGCUGACGAAGAAGCAAUUGAGCGGUUCAUCGCGAAAGAGUUAAAAAAAAAAACGGUAGUGUAAAUUAGUACCAUUGCUGCAACUUUGUCAGCGCCGCCGUGGAUGCUGGUGUGAGAAAUUCUAGGACGAACUGAGAACUGGUAUUGUAGUGGUAAUACAUGUUGUUUUAGCUUCUUAUAAU